AUGGGCGGAAGACGAACCUCGGCUCGACUUGCGGCUAAGCAGCCUGAAAAGUCGUCUCCAGAGCACGAACCAGUGCAGACACCUUCGACUAAGAGGCGCAAGGAUGGUGGCCUUGCAUUUCCAGAAGCAAAGCGUGCCAGGAAGACAAGCCAGGGGGGCCAAAAGACGCUAGAAGACACUCUUAGCAACGACACCAAAGAAGAGAAUCCUGCAACGACAAAGGAAGACAAGAACACAAGCCAGCCCUCCAGCGAGGAAGAAACAAAAGAUGGGUCAGAACCACAAGAAACCAAGCAGGAAGAUGAAUCGGGAAAAGCCGAAGAAGAUACAAACAUGACCGCUGCAAGCGAUGAGAAGAAAGAGGACGUCCCACAGAAGCAGGACGAGUCGCAGUUUGCAGAAGAAGACGGCCCUGGCAAGGAGGGAGAGUCAAACAAUGUCCAGGCCAACGGCAAUGCCGUUGAAUCUGGAGAGCGUGACCAUGUCCCGUCAAGCAUUCUUGAAAAAGGCAUCAUCUACUUUUUCUUCAGGCCAAGAGUCAACGUCGACGAUCCCCAAGAUGUCAAGGACAUUGCUCGCACGUAUAUUGUCAUGCGCCCGAUUCCAGUUGAUGCGAAGCUAGGAGAAGGCCCCAUCGGGGACGAUGGCAAUUGUAGACUUGUCGCGGUGCCAAAGAAGGUUCUCCCCACUAGCGGCAAAGACCGAUUCCUAUCGUUUGUCGAAAAGGCGAAAACCACAUUUUCGGACUUGAAGGACUCAUUCAUGCCGGGUUCGGAUUACGAGACCAAGACUCAGGGAACCAGCCAUGUCCCUCCAGUCACACCACUUGCUGAGGGAGUGUAUGCAAUCACUUCCACUGGGCGAGAGUCGCACCUCGCAUACAACAUCACGAUCCCACAUGAACUUGGACAAGUUCAGAAGGAUCUCGGUCUUCGAGAGAAAGGGAGCUUUGUGACGAGCGUCAAGAACCCUGCUGCACCGGCCCCGUCCAAUGCAAGCCUCCCUCAGGGUCCAGAAUAUCCGCAGGAACUUCUCGACGAGUUCAGGAGCCUCCGUUGGAAGCCUCUGGAACCAAAAUUCCUCGACUACGUGAACGCACAGUUUCUCUUGAUUGGCGAAUCCUACGACAAGGCUACUGAAGGACGACCAAAGGAUGAACGUGAGAACAAUCGCCUGCCAGAAGAAGAGAUUGAGAAGUUGGAAGGCGAGGAUGAGAUUCGAAUCAAGCAUCUCAAAGGUGACGAUUCGGUCUUUGUUGACCUUGGUGUCGCAGCCAAAGAUUUCCCCAAGGUCCCAACAACAUGGUAG